GAGAAAGCGGGAGGGACGGGUUGUGUGACAUCGAAUGGCGAGGAUGGUGCUUAGAUUAGGAGGAAAUAAAUACAGACGUUGCAUCCUUCUUGGUUUUAAGAAGAUUCCCAGCACUCAACCACUUCAGCAACGGUCUUGGACAAUCAUCAACAAAGACACUCUCGCCUGUGCGCUCUACAUCUCACUCAGGUCGAUAGAAACCUCACUUCACUCACCUAACUUUCUACCUUCUAAUCACAUCACGAUGCGUUUCUCAUCCAUCCUUGCUGGCUUCGCCGCCCUCUCAGUAUCCUCAGCAACCCCAGUGCCACUCAGCUUCCUCCCCUUCGGCAACCUCCCCUCCCAAUCAAGCACAGGCGCAAGCAUCAUCGCCAACCUCGACACCCUCCAAGGCUCCAUCCUCAAGCUCACAACAACCCUCAACGGCCUCGACUACACCACCGGCAACAGCCUCAGCGUCGCCAACAUUCUCAAGCUCCCCGCGGUCCUCCUAAACACAAUCGGCCUCAACUCGGCCUCCUCCUCCACCUUGCUCGACGCAAAGGCCCUCACCCUGGCCCUAAACUCCACCGACUCGUCCGCCAUCGUCACCAAGCUCACAAACGAGAUCCAGCCUGCGCUCAAGACGGUCACGGAUCUGUUGAACAAGGCCAAGACGUCUGGGAUUGUGGCUUCGUUGACACCGCUUGGCCAAACUGAUUACCUGAAGCUGAUCUCGACGAACCUCGGUGGUCUCGGGACUGCUCUGUCGCCUUACAUCGACACUACCUCGCAGUCUGGUUUGACCGGCGUGACUGCCACCCUCAGCAACCUCCUGAAAGCCACCGUCAACGUCUAUACCUCCUGAGAACAAGUCUACCCAAGUUUGGAUUGGCAACGGCCGGUGUGAAAGAGAUGGAAAUGAACGUGAGAGUUAAAUGGAUAAUGAUUGGACACGGCUGGAAAAAUGAGAUUGAACCAUGUAGGACUUAGCCAGCAUCUUUAGUAUUGUUUUAUGCUUCAAUUAUCUUCACGACCGGGUUUACGAUUCCGCCGGUACACCUUUUAAUUCAAUCAUCUUCGCUCCACGUCUCAGC